AUGAAGGGGAACCACUGGGGUUACGGAAAAGAGAACGGUCCAGAUCUAUGGCAUACACAUUAUCCAGUGGCGCAGGGCAGCCGCCAGUCUCCCAUUGACAUCCCUCGACAAGUUUCUCAUGAUCCCAGUUUGGGACCAAUUGUGCUUGACUAUGAUCACUGCACCUCCAUCAGCAUCUCUAACAAUGGACAUUCAGUGGUGGUCAACUUUGAUGACACAGAUGAACGAUCUGUGAUCCAUGGAGGCCCCCUUGAAAACCCCUAUAGACUCAAACAGUUUCACUUUCACUGGGGUGGAAAGGGAUGUGAUGGCUCCGAGCACACGGUCGCAGGAAAUAGCUACGCAUCUGAGCUUCAUUUGGUGCACUGGAACGCUGUCAAGUAUACGUCAUUUGAUCAUGCAGCUGCUGCUCCUGAGGGUCUGGCUGUUGUAGGCAUUUUUUUAGAAACAGGCGAUGACCACAGAUGGCUCCACACAAUUACAGAUGCAAUGUACAUGGUGAAGUAUAAGGGCAGUAUAACAGACUUCAAGGGUUUCAAUCCAAAGUGUCUUUUACCGAGUAGCCUCCACUACUGGACCUAUCUGGGAUCCCUGACCACACCUCCACUCCAUGAAAGUGUAACAUGGAUAUUGCUUAAAGAUCCUAUUGCUGUCUCAGAAAAACAGUUGGGAAAAUUUAGAUUGCUGCAGUUCACUGGAGAGGAAGAGGACCAGAGGUUACGGAUGGAGAAUAACUUCAGGCCUCCCCAGCCUCUGAAAGGAAGAAGGAUUCGCUCCUCCAAUUGA